CAGGGAUGUCGUUCCGAGGUAGAGGAGCCCGGGGCGGUGGUGGCCGAGGAGGGGGCUUUAGAGGAGGUGGCCGAGGUGGCCGAGGUGGCUUUUACAAGCAGCAAGACUUCGGGCCUCCUGAAUAUGUUGUGGAACUGGGGAUGUUCAUGCACCCCUGUGAAGAUGACAUUGUCUGCAAGUGCAUCACUGAGGAGAAUAAGGUGCCUUACUUCAAUGCUCCUGUCUACCUAGAGAACAAGGAGCAAAUUGGCAAAGUGGACGAAAUCUUCGGGCAGCUCCGUGAUUUUUAUUUUUCAGUUAAACUUUCAGAAAAUAUGAAGGCUUCUUCUUUCAAGAAGUUACAGAAGUUCUACAUUGACCCAAUGAAGCUGCUGCCCCUCCAGCGCUUUCUGCCACGGCCCCCAGGGGAGAAAGGCGCCCCCAGGGGAGGUCGGGGAGGUGGAAGAGGAGGUGGACGUGGAGGUGGCUUCAGGGGCGGACGGGGUGGAGGUCGGGGCAGGGGAGGUGGUUUUGGAGGUGGACGAGGUGGUGGCAAUGGUGGAUUUAGAGGAGGCAGAGGUGGUGGAAACAGCCGUGGGUUCAGGGGUGGGCGAUGACAGACUGGACCUUGUAACGCAGAUCGAGACUUUUCUGGGUCUGCCUGAUGUGGACUGUACAUCCAAGCCAUGGUGUGACAACAUUGAUGUGAAAUUCAGCUGGAGCUGAACAGUUUUAAUGUCAUUUGAAUUUUUCCUUUUAAGUGUUUGUUCCUGUUAUGUAAUAUUACACCUUGAGGUUUUGAUUUUCCCCCCACCAUUUAGUUUUAUAUGAAGAUUUGUAAUCUAAAGAAAGACAUUCGGGUAGCAUUUUUCACAGGAGCCCAAGGAUAUGUUUUGUAGUGGAUUUGCCAAUGGACCAUCUACCACAUCUUCCGAUAUAAGAUUGUUUUUAAACAAAUAAACCUUUGAACAUGAA